GUUUGCCGCUGGCGGUCCCGCACACGGUGGAUGUGAGGCCGCGGUGAAGGCGCAGCGGCGGAGGAGCGGCCGAGGAGCAGGUUGGUGGUGCACACGAGCAAAAGAAUUCUCAGCAUCUGAGUCUCGUCAAAAAACACGAUGUCCAAGUUAAAAAGCUCGGAAUCUGUUAAAGUGGUCGUCCGGUGUCGACCAAUGAACGGCAAAGAAACCACAGCCGGCCACAAAAAGAUUAUUGACAUAGACGUGAAACUCGGUCAGAUUUUGGUGAAAAAUCGCAAGGGAAAUCCCAGUGAAUUACCCAAGACAUUCACAUUUGACUCUGUGUAUGACUGGAAUUCUAAACAGGUAGAACUGUACGAUGAGACCUUUCGGCCCCUUGUGGACUCUGUGCUGCUCGGCUUUAAUGGGACAAUUUUUGCAUAUGGGCAAACUGGAACUGGGAAAACCUACACCAUGGAGGGACUCCGCGGAGAUGCCGAGAGGAGAGGAGUUAUCCCAAACUCUUUUGAUCACAUUUUCACGCACAUUUCUCGAUCGCAAAAUCAACAGUACUUAGUAAGGGCUUCGUAUCUUGAAAUCUAUCAAGAGGAGAUCAAGGAUUUGCUCUCAAAAGAUCAAACUAAAAGGUUGGAGCUGAAAGAGCGGCCGGACACUGGUGUUUACGUCAAAGACUUGUCCUCUUUCGUGACCAAAAACGUCAAAGAAAUUGAGCACGUGAUGAACGUUGGCAAUCAGAAUCGCUCUGUGGGGUCCACAAACAUGAAUGAGCACAGCUCUCGCUCCCACGCCAUCUUUGUGAUAACAAUCGAGUGCAGCGAAAUCGGACUUGACGGCGAAAACCAUAUCCGUGUCGGAAAGCUGAACUUGGUCGACCUUGCAGGCAGUGAGCGACAGGCUAAAACUGGAGCCCAGGGAGAACGGUUAAAAGAAGCAACAAAGAUUAACCUUUCGCUCUCAGCACUUGGCAAUGUGAUAUCCGCACUCGUGGAUGGUAAGAGCACUCACAUUCCCUACAGGGAUUCCAAGCUAACUCGGUUGCUUCAGGACUCGUUGGGGGGUAACGCCAAAACAGUGAUGGUGGCAAACAUCGGCCCGGCCUCCUACAACUGCGAAGAGACUCUGACAACACUACGCUAUGCAAAUCGCGCUAAGAACAUUAAGAAUAAACCUCGUGUGAACGAAGACCCGAAAGAUGCUCUUUUGAGGGAGUUCCAGGAAGAAAUCGCACGGCUGAAAGCUCAGCUGGAGAAGCGAGGGGUGGGCAAACGGAAGAAGAAAAGUCGAAGGAGGCAGUUGGGAGAGGGAGGGGAGGAAAUCGAAGAGGAAGAUGGGGACGGGGAGGAGGAGGAUGUAUCUCACAAAAACGAGCCCGAAUACUGGAGAGCGCAGCAGGAGAAGCUGGAGAGAGAAAAGAAAGCUAUUUUCGAUGACCACAGCUUAGUUGCAGAGGAGAAACAAAAAUUACUCCGUGAGAAAGAGAGAAAAAUGGAGGACGUGCAGAGAGAGCGGGAAGCCUCGGAGACACUAGCCACUAAAAUCAAGGCCAUGGAGAGCAAACUUCUGGUCGGAGGCAAGAACAUUGUGGAUCACACCAAUGAACAGCAGAAAAUCCUGGAGCAGAGACGCCAUGAAAUUGCAGAACAGAAACGUCGGGAGCGCGAAAUGCAACAGCAAGUGGAGACUCGGGACGAGGAGACACUGGAACUGAAGGAAACGUACAGCUCUCUGCAGCAAGAGGUGGAUGUCAAAACCAAAAAGCUGAAAAAGUUAUUUGCUAAGCUCCAGGCGGUGAAAGCUGAGAUUCAUGAUCUGCAAGAGGAACACAUCAAAGAGCGACAAGAACUGGAACAAACACAGAACGAACUGACCAGAGAACUCAAACUUAAGCACCUUAUAAUUGAGAACUUCAUACCAUUGGAAGAAAAGAAUAAAAUAAUGAACCGAGCUUACUUUGAUGAAGAGGAGGACCAGUGGAAAACACAGCCUAUCACACGAAUUGAAGGCAAUCAGCAGAUGAUGAAGCGACCAGUGUCAGCAGUUGGGUAUAAGAGACCACUUAGCCACUACGCAAGAAUGGCAUUGAUGAUGAGAUCAGACCCCAGAUACAGAGCUGAGAACAUCUUGAUGUUAGAGCUGGACAUGCCCAGCCGUACCACCCGAGACUAUGAAGGGCCAGCCAUUGCUCCGAAGGUGCAGGCUGCGUUGGAAGCUGCUUUGCAGGAUGAAGAUGAACUCCAAGUAGAUGCUUCUACUUUUGAUCCUCAGCGAAGCGCUAGUGUUUGUGCCAGUGUUGGUGCAAGUGCCAGGAAAGUUAAAUCCAGCAGACCUAAAAGCGGGAAAAAAAUUGGCCCCUCUUCCUCAGCUGGGGCAGGAUCCCAGCUCUAUCCACAGUCUCGUGGUCUUGUUCCCAAAUAAACACACUCCCCGAGAAGAUGCAGCAACUUAUCAGCAGGAAGAAAAACGAACGAGCAUGAGUAAGGUUUGUCUCCUGUUGUCGUUUCAGUCUGAACACGUGUUAGAUCAGGGAGAUGAAAUUUACCUUUCUUCUGUUUUUAAUGUGUAACACCCACCAUUCCUUAGUGUACCAUUCCUACACUAAAACUGCACUUCCUUUAUACUCAUUACUCUUAUGUUGACAAACUGUCUUAUUUCUUAAUGUAACCCAAGUGGAAAGUGCCACUGCUUGCUGCUAUGGAAACGUCUUAUCCUCUGUAUAUCAAAUGGAUACCUCUCGUUUUAUUUUCUGAGGAAAAUGUAUUUAAAGAUUUCUGAAACUGACGAUCCUUAACUCUGUUGUCCUUUAAUUUAUUAGAUUUUCCUGUUGGAACAAGCUGAAUGUAGAUAGCACAUGUUUGAACAUUUGUUUAUUGUAUAGCUGGUGUUAUUUUGUACAAUCUUCUUUUUAAAAAAAAAUUACCGUUUGAGUUUAAUGUUAAAUAUUUGUUCUGAGAAGUAUUUUUUACAGCCCCACCCUGGCAUCACAAUAGGUGAUUUGAAGCAAUGACUCUGACCAUUGCUUUGACACGCACUACAAGAUGUGGUUACAGAUUGCAGCCAACUUCAGUGGUAGCUACAGGCUGCCAAUCACCAAUAUAUAUAUCAAUCUCGUCUAAAACUCCCAUUUUCAACGCUACAAAACACUUAACUCCUUUCAGAAACUUCGCAGCUGACUCCUGCACUGGAAGUGACACUUAUGGGUUUGCGCAUUUUAAACGCCACGAACAUUCUGUCACAGUAGACCUACCGUAUAGCUGAGAUGACCCUUAGCCCCAUCUUUAUUCACUACGAAAGGGGAACACGAUUGGUUUAAAAAGUUAGUCACCGUCUCGUAAAUUUUAAUAACCUAUUUCUAUAUUGAUUCUGUAUUAAAUGAGCGUUCCCUUUUUUUUCUUCCUCUUGCCAAUAUUCUUGCCCCUUCUCCCCCCCAC